AGCCAGUCAUUCCGUAGCUUGGACUGUGUUGGGUUUGUGGCUUUUAUUGCCUGGCUCCUCACUGGGAACGUCUUUACCUGUGGCUGGAGCCAGACCUUCUGAAGGGUGCGCCAUUAAAGGGGACUCCAUGUAAACCUGCUUAUUAUGUUCUUUAAUAUGUUUAAGAUUGUGAUCAGAAAACAUGAAGGAGCUAAAAGAUCUGUAUCUAUUCUAUUCUAUCUAUUCACAAACCCUAUAAAUAGAUACAAAUUAUCCUUUUAUCUUAUCACAGAAUUUGUUGACAUAGUUUUGGUACAUGAUCUGACAUGUUUACACGUCCCAACACAGUUUUACUGCAUUCCUAUUGGCUGGUGUAAUUCUGUCUUAAUUGUCAAGUUUCACUCCUUUUUAGGCCUCAUUCCAAUUCUAAGCAGACUUAGCUUCCCCUCUCAACAGGUGACUUAAACAGUUACUGGUACUGUUACCUCUGAAUUGAAUUUAGCCUGUUUAGAGGCUUUGGGCUGAUUUGUUUUUACAAUUUCCUGAAGAGCUGAGGAAGGUGUUGUGAUUUAAUCUGAGUAGCAUGUCUUUGAAGGCGUGUUCUCAGUUCAUUGUUCCACCCAGAUGAGGGCUCCAGAAAUGCAAAACAAUCCACCUUCGCUGUUAUGUCUUCAUUUUACUGAGGAACCUUGUAAGUUCCCUCAGAGCUCAGGUGGAUCCCAAGACUCAACAGAUGCUGCUGCUCUUGUUCUCAGAUCAACCUAGUGACAACACACAAGAAAUGUCUCUCUUGGACCAUUUGACUCUUUUGUUCCAUUGCAGUCCCACCACUCUGCUGGGGACUGUUGCUGUCCUGUUGCUGCUUUAUUUGGUCUCCAAUAGUUUUUUCUCAGAGGAAACCAGGAGAGAGCCUCCAGGACCCAGACCUCUGCCUUUGUUAGGCAACCUGCUGCAGCUUGAUCUUAAGAGGUUCUACAGAACCCUCAUGGAGCUUUCAAAGAAAUAUGGAUCUGUAUUUACCGUUUAUCUUGGACCCAAAAAAGUGGUGGUACUGGCUGGAUACAAAACAGUCAAAGAAGCACUGGUCAGCUAUGCUGAAGAAUUUGGAGACCGAGACGUUGCUCCAAUAUUUAUGGAUGUGGAUCAUGGCCAUGGGAUUGUGUUUGCCAAUGGGGAGUCAUGGAAGGAGAUGAGACAUUUUGCUGUGUCCACCCUAAGAGACCUUGGGAUGGGAAAGAAAACAGCUGAGGACUUGAUCUUAGAAGAGUGUCAACAUCUGCUCCAAAUGUUUGAAACACAAAAAGCUAAUGCCUUUGACACAGCUCAUGCACUCUAUCACGCAUCAUCCAACAUUAUCUCGUCAAUUGUGUACGGAAGUAGAUUUGAAUACGAUGACCCACGAUUUAUACGUAUGGUAGAACAAGCCAAUGAGAAUUUAAGAAUUGGAGGGUCUGUGUCAGUCCAGAUUUAUAACAUGUUUCCCAAACUGGCUGGUUGGGUGAAAAACAGACAGCUGGCACUAAAAAAUUUGGAGAGCACUGUCAGAGAUGUCAAAACUUUAAUUCAGCAGCUGAAAGAAACACUGAACCCCAACACAUGCAGGGGGCUGGUGGACUGUUUCCUGACACGCCAGCAGAAAGAAGAGGACUCUCAUGUCUUGGACUCACAUUACCACGAGUCAAAUCUGAUUUCUACAGUGACCAAUCUGUUUGUUGCUGGUACUGACUCCACAGCAACUACACUGAGAUGGGCUUUGCUGCUUAUGGCCAAAUACCCACAUAUACAAGAUCAGGUCCAGGAGGAGCUGAGCAGGGUGGUGGGAAGCCGCUGCGUCCGGGUGGAAGACCGCAAGAACCUGCCGUACACUGAUGCCGUGAUCCAUGAGACCCAGAGGCUGGCCAACAUUCUCCCCCUGUCUGUCUUUCACAAAACCAGCCGGGACAUCACCUUCCAGGGCCACUUCAUCAAAAAGGGGACGGCAGUGAUUCCCCUCCUGACGUCUGUCCUGUAUGAUGAGAGUGAAUGGGAGACUCCCCACACCUUCAACCCUUCUCACUUCCUGGAUGACCACGGUAGAUUUGUGAAGAGAGACGCCUUCAUGCCCUUCUCUGCAGGUCGCCGGAUGUGUCUCGGAGAGAGCCUCGCCAAGAUGGAGCUGUUCCUCUUCUUCACCUGCCUCCUGCAGCGCUUCCGCUUCACUCCUCCACCUGGAGUCACGGAGGUGGAACUGGAUCUGACACCAGCUGUGGGCUUCACUAUUGCUCCUGUGCCACAUAAGCUGUGCGCUGUCCCACGCAGCUGAUUAACAGCUGGAUCACUGCAACAUUUGUCUCCAUUAGUAAUAAGGGCUGAUUAUCAACAAUGUGUUGGGGUUUUAGAUUGUAGCCAAAUAUUAAGUGUGUGUGUGUUUUAAUGUCAAACUGCAGCUGUUUAUACUUAUUGUAAAUAUACAAGGCUGCGUGUUUAGCCUCUAAUCAAGUCAUAUUAAACUAUAUUCCAACACUC